GAGUAGUGAUUGAACCUUGUCAGGUCUCCCGUCGUAUCCUCAGUCUUUUAAGACGAGACACGACAUGCCCGCUCUUCCCACCGUAGCCGCGAUCCAGAGCCUGUACGCCUCAACCCGCAACACGGCCACUCGUUUCGCGUCUUACAACUUUCACGAAUACUUUGUGAGACGUACGGAUGACAUGUUCAAGCCUGUCCUGGCUUCUCUGUCCCCCCCUCCCGGGUCCACUCCGACAUUGACUCCCGAUCCCAACGAACUGCACCGAUUCUACCAAGCUCGGAGGAAGGAACUAGAGGUGAUGGAGAGGGCUGCGACGGUCAGCAGCAUGUUCAAAGGUCCCAAGCUGGUGGUGGAACACGCAGAGCCCAUCACUGGAGGAGGGGGUGCUGGAAUGGAGGCGAGCGCGGGUGGUGGAGGACAGCGAGUGUGACGGGAUGCCGAGUGCGCUCUGG